AUGUCGGUCACGAUUCCCCUGGAAAAUCACGUUGCGACCGUGCUUACAGAACAAUCGGGCUCGUUUCAGACACACAAAACUCCUUCAACUUCUUUUGACUAUACCGAUAGAAUCUCUAGAUUGAAAUCUUUUCAGAAUACUAUCAAAGGGACAAGCGGAAUUCCUGCUGGCCAGGGACUGGAAAAGAACGACUGGGCGCCAUCGAUUGACUCAUACGACCACCCGCUCUUUCCUUCCCUGCCAUCCUAUGAGCCUCCUAAUCUCACCCGAAAUCUACGAUACUCUGCCACGAGAGCCGUCUCUUUUCUGCUCUCACUGAGCUUUUUGACAAGUAUAUUUGUGGGGGCGUUGGCAUGUGCAGCUCAAACGAGAUUGCAGAGUGUUAUUCAACAACUGAGAGGAAGUCGCUCCACCGGCUCCCCACGGGUCUUUCAUGUCGAGGAACACAACCGGAAAUUGAGGAGAGCAGUUUUGGAUCGGAAAUGGGAUGCUCGGAAGCAAAAGAAGCAUGUCGAUGAAGAGCAAGGUUCCGAUGAAUGCCCUCACCUAGAAGGCGGCAAGGACAUGCUUGUCUGCGACGUCGCUUACUAUGCCAGGCGUGUUGGUCUUGAUGUGGAAACGUUCCGUGUCCAAACCGAGGAUGGCUUCAUAAUCACUUUAUGGCACGUUUACGAUCCCCAGGAAUACACAGCCUUAUCUCCAGAGCAAAGACGUGAGCGAGGCCCAACUGUCUUUAAUGGACAAAAGGAAAUUAAUCCAUCUCGGCCGAAAUACGGUCACCGAUAUCCCGUCCUCUUGGUCCAUGGACUUCUUCAAAGUGCUGGCGCAUAUUGUACCAACGACGAUGACAGCCUUGCAUUUUAUCUAUGCAAAUCCGGAUACGAUGUUUGGCUUGGGAACAAUCGAUGUGGCUUGAAUCCGGAACACACCACUCUUUCAACUGUUGACCCCCGCAUGUGGUCGUGGGAUAUUCGUCAUCUGGGCACUCUUGAUUUGACAGCGCUUACUUCACGUGUUCUCUACGAGACCGGAUUCAGCAAGCUCGGUUUGGUGUGCCAUUCCCAAGGCACCACCGAAACCUUCAUCGCACUGGCUAAAGAACAUCGCCCCGAGCUUGGCAAACGAAUAUCAGUAUUUUGUGCACUUGCACCGGCUGCUUAUGCUGGCCCGCUUGUGGAAAAGUCUUUUUUUCGGUUCAUGCGAAGUCUUUCACCGGAAGCUUUUCGCAUUGUCUUUGGCAUCCAUGCAUUUAUUCCCAUCAUGGUCACAGUACGUCGAAUUUGUCCUCCCAGGUUGUAUGGCACUCUCGCUUACUGGGUAUUUUCUUUUCUCUUUGGGUGGUCUGACGUGCGUUGGGAGCGCGAACUACGUCACCGCAUGUUUCAAUUUGCCCCUGUGUAUGUGAGUGCGGAAUCCAUACGGUGGUGGCUCGGCAGCCAGAGCUUUGCGAAGCAUGGUUGCAUCUUGUCGCCCGCUGAAGAUUCUCAUCGGAACAUCUCCCAUCGUGCCUCAACUGGAGCUGAACAUGGUGAUGAUCCCCGAGAUCCUUGUCUCGGUUCCGAAAGAGACAAUGCCUGGUUCGGCCCCCAAACACCCCCGUUCGCCUUGUGGAUCUGUGGCUCUGAUGGCCUCGUUGAUGGCCGACGAUUGCUGCGUCGGUUUCAAGAUGGGCUUGAACCUCAUGUACAAGUCGUUCACUCCAAAGUCAUUGAAGAAUAUGAACACCUUGAUGUCUUAUGGGCAAUGGACUCCGUUGAACAAGUAGGCGAAGAAGUGCGAAAGGUGCUAUGGACGACCUUGCCCCAACACACUCAAAAAAUCUGUCGCAUACCAAGUGGCAUCCGCUCAGACCAGGUUGAUGAGUAUAUCAAGAUUACAGGCUGA